AUGGGAAACACGCAGUCUUCCAACGAUCCCUACCAAACGCUGAGCGGCAACGAGCUCGUCGAGUUCACCCGGCUCACUCCCUUCUCCCGCUACGAGAUCGAGUCCUUCUACGACGAUUUCCAAAAGCUCGAUCAUUCGCCCAACCCGCGACGGAACUUCAGAGCACGCGCUGAAGACGUCGCUCGGCUUCCCAUACUCAAGUGCAACCCCUUCAAAGACAGAAUAAUUCAAAUUUUCGCCGACCAGAACUCCUUCCUCACUUUUGAAGACUUUCUCGACAUGAUGUCGGUCUUUCAUCCGCGCUGCUCGAAGAUGGUCAAGUUGUGCCAUGCUUUCGCUAUCUACGAUUUUGACAACGACGGAUAUCUCGGCAUGGAAGAUCUCAAGCGAGUCGUCAAACGGCUGACCCAUCGAGGCGAUGGCUCGGAAAGCAUCAUCUCACAGGAUGACAUCGUCACAACUGCCGAGCGAUUGAUGAAAGAGCUCGAUCUUGAUCACUCCGGGAGAAUCUCCAUCGAAGAGUUCGAAUACUUCACCUCCAAAAGUCCUGAUUUUGCCUUGCUUUUUUCUACCCGCCAAAAAACCUGCUAA